UAUCCUUUUCCUUCCUCAUCCUUAUAUCUUUUUUUCCCUCUCAUCCUUAUUCUUUCCUUAUUUCCUUUAUAUACACUCCUUUUAAUUUAUAAUGUCCACCAAAACCUUAAACAUCAACGCCAAUGGGUUUUUUAAAAACCAUGCUAUGAAAAAUAUUCCUCGCGAGCCAGCCUCGCCUACAUUAUCUACCUCAUCUUUUUCUUGGAUUACUCAGAGACCGGCAGCAGAAGUCAAGCAUCUCUUUAAAUCUACUUUCAAUGCACUCGUCGAAAAGGAGAAAGAUCUUAAACUUGCGGCUGAAGUAGGUAAAUCCUUAUUAGAAAACAAUACAGUCCUCCAGCAUCAAUAUCAUGCUUUACAGAAUGAAUUCGAUAUACACCAACAAGAGUCUAACAGACUUUUACAAACUAAAUUGGAAAGUAACGAAAAUGUGAUUAUUUCACUUGAAUCUCAAAAUGCUGAAUUAGUAAAGAAAUAUGAAGCCACAUUAGAAUCCAGUGAAAAAAUCAGCCGACAAAAUAAUUCGUCGCAACAAAAAUUAAUGGAUCAAGUCAAUGAACUAUAUCAGUCUCUAGAACAAGCUUACGAAAAAAUUCAGGAGCACGAAGACUACCGUCAAGAUUUUUUAAAGAAGAUGAUUGUGAAAGAAAUCAAUAUUGUGGAUACCCCCACUGCUAUUAUAAGUACCACAGAAGAAUUUAACGAAUUAUCUCAUAAAAUUGAACACAUGAUGGGACAAAACCAGCAGCUUUUUAAAGCAAAAGAUCAAAUUCAGCAUCAAUUUCAAGAUACGAUAUUCGAACUUGAGCAACUAAAAUCACAAUUUAACCAAGUUCAACAAACAAAGGAGCAAAUAUCCUUGCUCGAAAAUAAAUUCCAGUAUCAAGAGAAUCAUAUCCAUGAAUUAACCACUUUAAUAGAGGAAUAUAGAUUGAAUCUGACAAAUGAUUGCCAUAUUUCUAUGCCCAGCUUAAUGAUUGAAAGUCAUAGCCAUGCCUCUUCAGACGAUGAUGAUGACUAUGAGCGCUUUGACACUUUACCCCAGCACAUUAAAGGAAACAGCUUACAUUCGGAAUUACAAUUAGCGUUUGACAACGAUAAAAAUCUACAUGAUCUCCGCACAUUCGAUCAAGAUAGCAGCAUGAUGCUUGCAGAGACACCUAAAAGAAUAUGCCGUAAAAGAAGAAGUAGACAAGCCAUUUACCCAAGUCUAAAAAUCGAUGACAGUUUAAUUGCCCCAGCUUAUCGCAAAAAUAUUCCCACCACCGCAAUGGUUGUACAUAGGCCUUGCGGUCUGGUGGACCGGAUUGUGCAGGCCCCAUACAACAGUAUUUACUUGGUUUGGCGUUUUAUGAGAUUUUUUAUUGUUAUUCAAUUAGCCAUGUUUAUUCAUCUUUUUAGUCGUAAAUAAAUAUAGAAACCAUACUAUUGUGUGUUUGUAUCUGUUUGCAGUUAUGAGCGUUCAGGUCGGCCAAUAAAGUUGUGUUGUAGCACACGGAAUACCAAUAGCGGCCGUUAAUGCCAAUUGUCUUGUCAUAGCAGAAAAGUAUCAUCCUAUGCUUAUCUUGAUAUAAAUAAAAAAAUAUCAAGUUAUUGUAUUUGACUGGCUACUUCUACAUCUAUUAACUACCCUUAACUUAUAGAAAUAAACCUUUAAAUAAUGAAUAGAAAGCAGUAAUGUUGGGAAUAUUCUUUGAGACAGUAAAAAAAGUUUUGUUUAGAUCUGUCUGAAGUUUAAAAAAUAAAUAAAGGAUCUUUUUUUUAAUUUUAAAGCCUUUCCAUUCUCCCU